AUGGAACUUGAAUUGGAAAACAUCAUUGGUAUUGUUAAGACACUCUUACAAAAGUACAAACAUGCCAAAAAGGGCAUUGAUGACACUAAGGUGCCAUUUGAAAAGCUUACAUGUGCUUUGGAAGUCAGCAAAGUCUUAUCAUGGGAGAAAGAUGAGAAGCAGGCUAUGGACCAAUGCAGAGAGCAUCUUGAUAUAUACCAGCUAAAAAUAGAUAAAGGAAAGAAAUCUCAGCCUAAUGAUGACGGCCCUCCUUCUGGGAGUGACAAGGGCAAGAUCUACGCAGUAAUCGCCAAACAUAUAUUCCAGAAGGAUGAGAUGUAUAAGUCCAUGUAUGCUGAGGAUCAGGCAAAGUUCACGCAGGCCGUGGGCAACCAUCUCACUUAUCUCAAGGGGAAAUAUAAGACUAAUCAUACGCGCUUCAAGCAGACAGGGGCUGGAAUCAAUCCAGAGGAUCCUGGCGCUGCAGUCAAUCUGCUAGCACAAGUUUUAAAUGACUUCCCGUGGUAUGAGGAUCUUGAUGAAAUCUGGAGGGAUAACCCUGCGUAUGCUGCCAAAACCUUCUUGUCUGCUCCUGCAAAGGAAAAGAAAAAGCCCCCCCCUCCUGAUCCUGACGGUUACAUCGAAGAUUCGAUGGCCGUCAUUGACAAUGCUCCCAACACUUGUGAUGUUGAAGAUGAGCGUGUUGACAGUGCUGCCAAUCCUUCGUGCAGCGUCAAAACUAACCUACCCUAUGAUACCACGGAACCUGUCAUCAACGACGACUUCACCAUGGAAGUAGAGCGUGAAGAAGGACUUACGAUCCAGCCAUCCCUCUCUAACAAACGCCCGCUCUCCUCCCCCUCACCGCCCCCUACACACACUCAUAAUCGCUCGUCUCACGGUACAUUCAAAAACCACGCCGAUUGUGCAAUGGGCCGUGGACCCAUCCACUCACCGAAACCACCAUCAUCCAUUGCAUCGUCUUCCAUGAGGACAACGGCAUGCACACACUCUACAUCAUUGGGGCUUUUGUCGCCGACUUCCUCCUCACACCAACCAAGCACCAUGCUCAAAGAUAGCGGUGCAAAAAAAUCUCACCUUGGGAAGAACGUUGGGUCGGAGGUCGACGGUGUCUGUGGGCAAGUCAAGAUGCUAACCAACAAUAUGUCAUAUGUAUAUACCGUGAAGGCAGCAGCGUCGGAAUACAAGAUCGCCAAGGUCAAUGCUCUCCGUCAGGGACAUGAGCUCGACUUCCAACGUGAGAAAGCUGAGAUCGAACGCACCAAGGCCAUCGUCGUACAUCAGCGCUGUCAAGAGUCCAAGACUCUUGACCUUCAAGUUCUCAAAGCUCAGGCUAAGGUUCAUGCUGAGAGAAAAGCCGCCCUUCAGCUCGAAAUUGAGCUUAUCAAAUUGAAGGGAGGUGCUGAUUAG